AUGUCAUCAUCGUCUAGGAAGCGCGAUGGUGUUCCACUUACUGACGACAAACAACCUGGAAAGGUGGUGGUGCUUCAGCCCAUGAAGGCAACCAGCAAGGGCACGAGUGGAUUCCGUCGACGGUUCCUCGUCUCAGUAGCGGCAGUCUCGCUGAUCUUCAGCGUAUGGAUUUUGUCGACCUCGAAGCGAAACCCUCAUCUGCAAGCCUCUCAGUUUGCGUCGCUGUCAGUACGAUACGCAAUUUGCUCAGCCAAUGAGCGCGGUGGACUUCACAUUUCCUCUUCGGUUGUCACCGUAGGAUCGAUCUAUACCGGAGACGAGCAUCGCUUUGCAAAGGAGCAAGGCUUCACACAAUGCGUGGGGGUGGAUCAUGGCUUGAUCACACAUGCUGGAGCGGAAGAGGAUGUGAUACCUAAUUUCUGCGGUCAGAUUGACGAAACCACUUCAUCCGGCUCCGCUCACAAUCAGCAAUGGCGUCGUCCACGCAGCAAUAAGGCAGCUCGACUUGGCCGUCAAUUAAACAGCAAGAAGGACGGUGCUUUGCGGAGGAAGAGAAAGUGUGACGUACGAAGGCUCAAGAAAGGACAGACGCUCUUUCCUGGUUUCCAUGACGCGCACGGUCAUAUUCUCGACUAUGGCUGGUCUUGCACCGUCGCCAACUUGGUUGGUUCCACAUCCGUCCAGGAUGUUAUCGACAGGCUGGAGAAUUACAUUCGCUCACAACCUCAUCUCCUGGAAAUUGCACUCGCAGAGCCAACACCUACUGCUGCUAAUGCGUCAUCGACACCGUGGAUCGAAGGGAUAGGAUGGGAUCAGACCAAAUGGACACCGUCCGAAUUUCCCACUGCGACGGACCUGGAUAGAUCACCACUUUUGCGACGUUUCCCCAUUGUCCUACGACGCGUCGAUGUUCACGCGCUGUGGCUCAACGAGAAAGGUAUUGAUCUGGUUGUUCUUGGAGCCAGAGGCUUUCCGUCAUCACCCAAAGAAGAUCGCAAUGUUGAAGGGGGGCUGGUGGUCCGCGAUGCCAACGGAAAACCAACGGGCAUCCUCAUCGACAAUGCCAUGAACUUUGCCUACCAGGUGGUUCCUGAAUGGACCGAUGUCCAACGCAAGAUCUUCUUGGAUGCGGCUACCGAGGGUCUUCUGCGCGUAGGCAUCACAGCGGUUGGUGAUGCUUCCACCGACCUCCAAGCGGCCGCUUUUUACAAGAGGAUGGAUGCGCAUGGUCAGCUACGCUUCCGCAUCUACUCGAUGCUUGCUUGCCCGCCCGACGAAAGACGAUGUGCGCACCGAAUAGAGCAAAUCACACCUUCAAGCAAAGACAGCGGCAAAAGCAGUUCCAUGUUCACUUUGCGCGCGGUCAAGCUCUUUGACGACGGCGCGCUCGGCUCGUGGGGCUCGGCGAUGUGGGACGAGUACUCGGACAAGCCAGGCGAGCGAGGUCUCCUGCUCAUUCCGCAACACGAGCUUCCUUCUCUGGUCGAAUACUGGAUGGAACGAGGCUGGCAGGUGUGCACACACGCCAUCGGAGAUCGAGCCAAUACGCUUACGCUUGACGCCUACGAAAGGUAUCUACGCUUGCAUCCUCACGUCGAUCGACAGUCGCUGAGGCCCAGAGUCGAGCAUGCUCAGCUGAUGAAGCCAUCGGACAUUGAUCGAUUCGCCUCUCUCGGCGUGAUCGCCUCGAUGCAGCCAACGCACUGUACGUCCGACAUGGGUUAUGCCGAGUCUCGCAUUGGCCAGACGCGCGCAGCUCACGGCGCCUACGCCUGGAAAUCGCUUCUAGCUGCUAAUGCCAGUCUUGCGCUCGGAUCCGACUUCCCCGUCGAGCUACCGGACCCAUUGCACGGGAUCUACUCUUCUAUCACCCGUCUCGAUCCAGCCGGCAACUCUCCCCACGGUCCUGGUGGCUGGUUCCCGAACGAAAGACUCACGCGUCGCGAAGCACUCAGAGGGUUUACUCAGGAUGCUGCGUAUGCACAAUUCGAAGAGCACAUCGCUGGACGUAUAUCAGUGGGCAGAAGAGCCGAUUUUACUUUGCUAGAUCGAAACAUCCUCGAUGAAGUUCAUGUCAGUCCUUCCAUGCUGCGCAGCGCACAGGUCGAUGCGACAUUUGUCGGCGGCAAGGUCGGAUUUGAUCGACUUGCGGCUGCUAAGCUCACCUCGACGCAUCGCGCGGGAAGCUCUUUGGCCGAGCGACUUGUGCAACGGAUCGACUACCUGGGCAAGUAUGCCUAUGCUUUGACUUCCGGACCUUCUUUUAACUCGACGUCCGCCAUCUGGGCGGCGCUCUUCUUUGGCGUCCUCUUUUUCCUCCUUCGUUCUGGUAAGCAAGAGCCAUACCAGAGCAUGUCGUGUCUGGCGCUCAACGCUCCAUCGCCUACGACGGCGUGGAUGAACAUGGGCUUUUGGACCCCGCAGCUUGCUGGCUCGCAACUCGAUUUUCCGCUUGCCUGCCAGACGCUCGCGCAACAGCUCUAUGCAGCAGCUGGAGUCAAGCCUGGGUUGAAGGUGUUAGAUGUCGGGUGCGGCGCUGGCCAGUCGACGCUGUACUUGUUGGACAAGUACAGACCCGAGGUGCUGCAUGCGGUGACGAGCUUGCCGGAAGAAGCAGCAUUUGCCAGCGAGCGCUUGCAGCACCGCCUGCAGCAAGGGGACGGCAAGGCCGGUCAGACAACGCAGGUCAGAGUCUGGGCACAGGACGUGCUCGAGUGGCUGCGAAGUGAAGAGGGAGGCGGAGAAAAGUACGACGUGAUUCUUGCGCUUGAUUGUGCAUUCCAUUUCAGCGACAGAGCAGAGUACAUUCGGCUGGCCACCAAACGGUUGACCGCAGCAGGCCGGCUCGGUUUCGUCGACCUGCUUUCCGCAUAUCCUGCACCUUCUGCUACGCCCUCGGAAAACGUCGUGCUCGGCAAGCCUCCCUAUCCGAGUCGAGCUCCAUCGCUGGUGCAACGCCUCAAGCACAGCUUUACGUGCGCCUUGGCAUCCACCAAGCCAGCAAAUCUUUGGCCUGUUGAUCGCUACUUUGACGUUCUUCGUCAUGACGGCGGCUUUCAAGCUCAAGCCAUUCAGAUGCGGGACAUCACGGCCGAUGUUUUUCCUGGAUUCGCUCGUUUCCUGCGUUCAUUCGCGACUGAGGGAGCAGCUUGGAGAGGCGGUGGUUGGGCGAUGCGCAAGGGCCUGGGUGCGUUCAGUAACGUGGUGCAAGGAUGGAGCGAGGAAGGUGGCUUGGUGCGCAUGUUCAUUGUCGUCGCGCAAAGGGACGGAGCGAAGGAGAGGGUGUAG